GUCAAAAUCUUAACAGGCUCAUACCCCUAUACUGGUAUAUUACACUAGUGCCAUAAAUGGAUUCUUUAUGACCUGAGAGACAACGUUAACAUGGAAGACAGUGCUAAUGAACAGUUUAUGCGACGUGCAAUAGAGCUGAGCGCACGUGGCGCCACGUUGGGGGACGGAGAGCCUUUUGCUGCAGUGAUUGUGAAGGACGGCGAGAUCAUAGGAGAAGGUUGGAACCACAUCAUAGUGGACCAUGACCCCUCCGCUCACGGCGAGGUAGUGGCCAUCAGAAACACGUGCAGGAAGUUGAAGACACGUGACCUGACCGGAUGUGACAUCUAUACCAGCUGUGAGCCGUGCGCCAUGUGUGCUGCCUUGAUUGCUAUGACUGGAAUUCAGCGGAUAUUCUAUGGUACCACCUUGGAGGCAGUGAAGCCUCACUUCAGCGUUGAUUACACUGCAACAUACCAGAAUCUUCAUCUUCCUGUACAUCAGCGACAUCUACCGGCAAGACAACUACUAGCCGAGGAAGCGUACGCGGCAGUCAGUCAUACUUUUCCUAUAAAAGAGAAGCCGGACGCGGACGUUUGACAUUUUUUUUUUCAAAAAUUAAAAAGAUUAAUAAAUAUGCUCAUAGUCCAGUAUGAUUUUAUCAUAUUACAAUGUGCCAUGGAACACAUUGUAAUUUGGACUAGCGAAUAAGGGGAUAACAACUGUUCGCAAUUUAGCCAUAUUUUACUAUAAAUGCAUUAUAAGCAGCUCAUCGAAAUAUAAUA